AUGGGAGUAACAAAAAAACCUGACUUGAAUGAUCCUGUAUUAAGAGCUAAAUUGGCUAAAGGGAUGGGUCAUAAUUAUUACGGAGAACCCGCAUGGCCCAACGAUCUUUUAUAUAUUUUUCCGGUAGUAAUUCUAGGUACUAUUGCGUGUAACGUAGGCUUAGCGAUUCUAGAACCAUCAAUGAUUGGUGAACCCGCGGAUCCAUUUGCAACUCCUUUGGAAAUAUUACCUGAAUGGUAUUUCUUUCCUGUAUUUCAAAUACUUCGUACAGUACCCAAUAAGUUAUUGGGUGUUCUUUUAAUGGUUUCAGUACCUGCGGGAUUAUUAACAGUACCUUUUUUGGAAAAUGUUAAUAAAUUUCAAAAUCCAUUUCGUCGUCCAGUAGCGACAACUGUCUUUUUGAUUGGUACCGUAGUGGCCCUUUGGUUGGGUAUUGGAGCAACAUUACCUAUUGAUAAAUCCCUAACUUUAGGGCUUUUUUAA